AUGAAGCCUUUUGGGGUGCUGGUUCCUGGAGGCAGGGGUGACAGGAGGAGGCUGGCAGGGGCUGACUAUGCAGAGUGUGUCUCCUAUGCAGAGUGUGUUUCCAGUGGUCUGCACAGUCGGCUCCCGAUGGAAAAGACUCAGCUGAAGAAGAAGGUUGUCAUACUGAAGCAGGAGAAAAAGAAAUCGCUGGAUGAUUGGGCCCUGCUGAAGCACCACUUGGAGGACAUGAAUGUGAUUUGUAAUGACCAAGAGGAAAAGAUCAGUGACCUCAAAACCCAGCAACAAGAGGAGUUCAAGAGAUUGGAGGAAAGCCUUCAGUUCCUGCAGAAGCAGAAGGAAAUGGUCUCGCAGGAAAAGGACUUGGCAGAAAAGCUGCAGCAUGAUUUUGAGGUCUCCCAGAUGAGGUUCAAAAAUCUUCAGGCUGAGCUUGAACAGGCCACAGCUCAGAAUGAGAGCCACCUGCAGAAGGAGCUGCUACAGCAAGAGCCACCUGUUGCUCCCCAUUCCCAGUAG